GAGAGUGUACAUGCGCACUUUUCGUCGGUAGUACUGCGCAUGCGCACACUGUCUCCAUGUGCACCGCGUGGACGAGCGUCUCGCUGUGCUGUAGCGGAAGACUCUCAAUGUGGAGAGCGCGGCAGUGAACUUUAUUUAGGGCGAGAAAAAAAAAUCAAAAUGUUAGUGUUAUUUGAAACUGCCGCUGGCUAUGCCAUCUUCAAGGUCCUGGAUGAACAGAAACUCCAGCAGGUGGACAGCCUGUGGAAGGAGUUUGAGACGCCAGAAAAAGCCAACAAAGUUGUAAAACUGAAGCACUUUGAGAAGUUCCAGGACACAACAGAAGCUCUUGCAGCGGCCACGGCGAUGGUGGAGGGGAAAUUGGGGAAAAGUCUGAAAAAAGUUCUCAAGAAAGUUGUGGCCAAAGAGGCUCAUGAGCAGCUGGCCAUCACUGAUGUCAAACUAGGAGGAGUCAUUAAGGAGAAGCUGAACCUGAGCUGUGUGCACAGCCCUGCUGUAGCUGAGCUCAUGAGAGGCAUCAGAAACCAGAUGGAGGGGCUUAUCACAGGUCUUCCUGCCAGAGAGAUCAGUGCCAUGUCUCUCGGUUUGGCCCACAGUCUUUCACGGUACAAGCUGAAGUUCAGCCCAGACAAGGUGGACACCAUGAUUGUUCAAGCCAUUUCUCUGCUGGAUGAUCUGGAUAAGGAGCUCAAUAACUACAUCAUGCGCUGCAGGGAAUGGUACGGCUGGCACUUCCCAGAGCUUGGCAAGAUCAUCACAGAUAACCUGGCGUACUGCAAGAGUGUCCGCAAGAUUGGUGAUCGCACAAAUGUGGCAUCGAUGGAGUUGUCUGACAUUCUGCCAGAGGAGAUUGAGGCAGAGGUUAAGCUAGCUGCAGAGAUCUCCAUGGGAACAGAGGUGUCCGAGGAGGACAUUGCCAACAUCAUGCACCUGUGUGACCAGGUGAUUGAAAUUACAGAGUAUCGCUCACAGCUGUAUGAUUAUCUGAAGAAUCGUAUGAUGGCAAUUGCACCCAACCUGACAGUCAUGGUGGGAGAAUUAGUGGGAGCCCGUCUCAUUUCACAUGCAGGAUCUCUGCUGAACUUGGCCAAGCAUCCUGCGUCCACUGUACAGAUUCUCGGGGCAGAAAAAGCUCUGUUCCGUGCUCUGAAAACCCGCCGGGAUACACCUAAAUACGGCCUCAUCUAUCACGCCUCUCUGGUGGGGCAAACCACAGCCAAGAACAAGGGUAAAAUCUCCAGAAUGCUGGCUGCUAAAUCAGCCCUUGCCAUCCGUUACGAUGCGCUGGGAGAAGAUACCAAUGCAGAGAUGGGAGUGGAAAAUAGAGCCAAGUUGGAGGCACGAUUACGCUACCUGGAGGAGAAAGGGAUCAGACGCAUCAGCGGGUCAGGAAAAGCUCUGGCAAGGGCUGAUAAAUAUCAACACAAGAGUGAUGUAAAGGUAUACGACCCAUCUGGGGACUCCACACUCCCCACUGUAUCAAAGAAAAGGAAGAUUGAAGAGGUAGAGGAGGGCGAGGAGGAAGAGAAGCCAGUGGAGGCUAAAGCCAAGAAAGUAAAGAGGGAAGCCCCCACAGAAGCAGAAACAGAGACACCAAAGAAGAAGAAGAAAAAGGAGAAGAAGAAAGCGGAGGAGGAAUCCAAGCCAGAAGAGGAGGAGAGAGCCAUCAGCCCGGCAGAGGAGGUGAGAGGGAUGACAAAAAAGAAAAAGAAGGAAAAGAAACGAGCGGCUGAGGAGGAGCCGAAGGAAGAGGUGGAAGAAGCGGCAGUCAGUCCAGCAGAAGAGACAACAGAAAAGAAGAAGAAAAAGAAGAAAAAGGUUAAAGAGGACGAAUAGAUGAAUUGGACUCUUUUUUUUUUUUUUUUUUUUUUUUUUUUUUCCUGAACUUUGUUGUAUAUAACAUGACAUUUUAAUAGUUUUUGGACGUCACAUCCCCCUUUUGUGUGUCUGGCCCAGCUCACAAUCAACAGUUCCAGUGGACUGUCGUCAUUCUUUAAAAAAUAUAUUUUAAUUAUAGGACAUUUUCUCUCCAUAUUGCUUGAUUGCUAGAAAAAAAAGUCGAUAAAUUUAUAUAAUUUGAUGCUUCUGUGUAUCGAGUUGUACUGGAUCAUACAGUUUAGUUAGUCUUUUUUAAGUGAAUGUUUUCAUUUUAAAGUGAAUGAGUGGGAUCACAUUAUAAAAGAAUGAUCUGUGAGGAGUAUGUUUUGUGAUUAUUAAAUACUGUAUGUUUCUAGCA